UAUAACACUCCUCAACUGAACUCGUUCGCCAACCGUUGUAUUCCUUCACAUUCAUACCACAGUAGUAUCACCCAUCUCCCAUCACCCCAAAUCCAACCCCCAUCAUGCCGUCAAACGUCACCCAAACAGCGAAAGAAGCCCUCAACAAGGUGCUCGGCAAAGGAAGCCCUUAUUCUUGCACCGUCGGCGAUUACCUCCUCCACAGGCUCAGGGAGGUUGGGUGUAGUAUGAUUUUUGGCGUGCCUGGGGAUUUCAAUAUGGAAUUCUUGGACCAGAUCGAGGACUUUGAAGGCAUAGAAUGGGGCGCCAACGCCAACGAACUCAACGCCGGGUACGCCGCUGACGGGUAUGCCCGCAUCAAAGGCAUCGGCGCCCUGUGCACCACGUUCGGCGUCGGCGAGCUGUCGGCCAUCAACGCCAUCGCCGGGUCGCAGGCGGAGCUGGUGCCUGUCGUGCACAUCGUCGGCACCCCCAGCACCGUCUCCCAAGCCGACGGCGCCAUCCUCCACCACACCCUCGGCAACGGCGACUUCCACGUCUUCCAAAACAUGUCCGUCCCCGUCACCGUCGCCCAAACCUCCCUCGUGCCCUCCACCGCCGCCUCCGAGAUCGACCGCGUCCUCACCCAAUGCCUCCUCCACCGCCGCCCCGUCUACAUCGCCCUCCCCACCGACGUCGCCCUCAAAAACAUCACAGGCACUUUCGCGCCCCUCGACCUGACACACACACCCAACCCACCCGAAGCAGAACGCGAGGCGAUCUCACACAUCCUUUCCGCCAUCAAGGCCGCGCAGAGCCCCGCGAUCCUGAUCGACGGGUGUGCGCAGCGGUUCCACGUGGAGCGCGAGUUGAGACGGUUCAUCGACGCCAGCGGGUUUCCGGUGUACGAGGCGCCGAUGGGGAAGGGGAUCGUGAGCGAGUUCCAUCCGCAGUUCCGGGGGAGCUAUGUCGGGGAGUUGACGCCCGCGAACGUGAGGACGGAGCUGGAGGGCAUGGAUCUGGUGAUCAUGGUCGGCGCGAUCAAGAGCGACUUCAACACCGGCGGCUUCACGUUCCACAUCCCGCCCGAAAAACUGAUCGAGCUCCAUUCGACGCACACCACCAUCUUCCACGCGCAGUACAACCGCGUCGGCUUCCGCGGCGUGCUCGACAAACUCGCCGAGGCACUCCCCACCCCCAGGCCGUGGGUCCUGCCCCCCGUCGAGCCCGUCGGGACCGUGGGCAAGGAGGGCGACAGCGAGGUGGAGAUCCGGCAUGAUUUUUUCUGGGACGCCCUCGGGACCUUCCUCGGCAAAGAACCGUACAUCGUGGUCGCGGAGACGGGCACGUCCAGCUUCGGCACGAGCACCCAGCGGCUCGCGGACGGGUCGCGAUACGUGUCGCAGGUGCUGUAUGGGAGUAUCGGGUUCGCUACGGCUGCGGCGCUCGGCACCGCCGUCGCAGGCCGCGAACUCGACCGCCCGCUGCGCACGGUUCUGGUCACCGGCGACGGAUCGUUCCAGCUCACCGGCAACGAGCUGUCCACCUUCCUUCGCCACAAACUGACGCCGAUCAUCAUCAUCAUCAACAACGACGGAUAUACAAUCGAACGCUACAUCCACGGCCCGACCCGCCGCUACAACCGCACCGCGAUGUGGUCCUACGCGCAGUCGCUGUCGUACUUCUCCGUCCCGCAGGACAAGGACACGUACCCCAAGUUCGGGCUGCAGCGGCGCGUGGAAGCGAAAAAGGACGUCGUGGGCGUGCUGACGCAGGCGUUUGAGGAGCGCGACAGUAUCCAUGUGGUGGAGGUUGUGAUGCCGACGAUGGAUGCGCCGCAGGGGAUGAUAAAGACGGCGGAGAAGGCCCGGGAGGAGAACAAGUAUGACGGCGACUCGUAAAGCAACCGCGAGUUGAUGCAAGAAAGUUUGGGGUCUUAUCGCUUUUGCGCCCCCCCUUUC